GUCAUGCAAUAUCGAUAUUUUAAGAGAGUUUGUGCCAAUGAUCAUUAUAAACGAAAACAAAAUUAAAAUGCUUCAGGAGGUAUAAUACCAACAACAUAAUAGUGACAUCUAAGACUUUCGUAAUGGACCUAACAGAAGAGUCGAGAUUCGGUCAUGUGAUAAAUACAAAUAGAAAAAUUGUAAUUCCAUAAUAUGUUUAAUCCAUCUAUCAAUCAAUGAGAAUUUUUAUGGAAAUUUAAAGUAAGGUCUCUGCACCUAUACCCAGGGUCGAUUGGGAAAAGAACUGACAUAAAACAAUCGACUCAUGGAGCAUGUGAAUCAGAACUCUGUGAUGUUAGAAGCUGAAAUUCAUCAACUGAAAGACCAGUGGAUGUUUCUACAGGAACUAACUGGAAUAUUAGACCUAACCGCCGAAGACAUUCAAGACAAGGAAGUAAACGGAAAUGAAGACAACUGUAGUUCCGGUAAUGUGAGUACUAGUGACGGAAAUGUGCGAGUGUGUGAGUGUCAUGAACAUCAGUUGGUGAUCGUAGGAGGCCAAGAGCAGAUUCUAGAACAGACAUGCCCUAGAAGUGACCAUCCAAAGAUAGAUUUACAGCCAAAAAAUGUAAUCACAAAUGCAAUCCAAGGUGAACGAGAGAAUCUAGGAAACAAGAGUAUGAAACUCCGAACGACAGACAAUCAUGAAUUCAUAAAAAAUAAACUAAAACAACAUAAGAAAAUUCUAGAGUCUCUACAACAACGUUUGAAGAAACAAACAAAACAAUCAGAAUUAACAAAAGAAAAGCUAAAGAACGAGAUGCAACGAAGCUACACAAUUAAUAGGAAGUGGCAAGAUGAAGAAGAACAGUGUACACUUCUUCGUGAAAUGAUAAACCAACGUAUAGAACAACGAGAAUAUCUACAAAAGAUUUUAAGAAAAGAGACAAAAUUUCGCAAAUCUAUUGAAGACGAUUUAAAGAAUGAAAUACAAUACAGCAGAACGACAGAAGAAAUGAUUAAAAAGGAAAUGGAGAAACGUAAACCUAUGGAGGAAAGCGGUUGUUUUCUUCAUGUGGGAAAGUAAAGAACGGUCCAGUAAAAAGGCAGCAGUUCUCAAGAGAGGAGAAAAGACCUGACACUGAAGGGUAGGUAUAACAGCACAGGUUUCCAAAUGUCAUUCAGUAUUCAGGAGGUCCCAGAUUCAAAUCUCCACCCAAAAAACAAACUAUCGUGACUGAGGUAUUUUGUGGUUUUACUCAGUCCAACCACAACAGUAUAUUAACCCAUAAAAAUCCAAUAGUAACUUUGUGUACCACAUGCGCUAAUAUUCAGUAAUUCUUAAUGUUAUCUAAAAAAUGUAUUUAUGAUUUCCAUGCCAUUCUCAUAAUAUACGGUGAUUAUUUCCCUUGGCACUGAUAACCAUUUGAUCUUUGUAAUAAAGACAUUUUGCAUUUUCUUUGCAGUAGGAACUGGCGUUUUAAAGGUCUGAUAAGCGUCGGCUUUAAU